AUGCAGCUGGCCAGUCUCUCCAAGGCGAUGCGAGUGACGCCCGCCAAGUUGCCAACUCGUGCGGUGCUGGCCCAACUCUUCGCCCCCAAAACCCAGCACAAUCCACCCACCACCACCACGCCCGCCCUUAUCACCCAACCGAGUGCUUGCUUCUUCAUCCCUCUCCAAUUCGGCUGUCCCACCAAAAUCGCUCAGGUCGACUCCGAGAAAGACGAUAUCCGAAUCUGUCCUCAAUGCCAUAACGCAGCUGUGACGAGCUGCAAGAGUCGGAUGUGGUUCGAGUUCUGUUUCCUGCCGAUAAUCCCGUUCAAGUCGAAGAAAGUCUGGAUCUGCAGUAUCUGUCGAUGGCAGGCUAUCAACGACGGCACCGGGCCCCAGGCCAUCAGUAAUAUCCCGCCCCCUGGUGGAGGCUACGCCGCUCAACCCCCAAUGACUGCGCCGAACGUCGCCCAUACUAAAGUCUAA